UGUGCCCCGCAGACAGACAGGCAGUUCUGAUGCUCCGAACAGUGACGAAAAGAACGCAUCAAAAAUCAGCAGAGGACAACAGACGCAGCAGAGCCGGACCGGACCGGAUCCCCGUCGGAUGGACACACCGGGAGUCCGUCUGUCCUUCCGCACUCAGACGGUAAGACACGAAGCGGCCUCACAGGCCAAAUCAUCGCGCACAAAACAGAACCAAACCCUGGAUGUCAAAAUGGACCGAGCCAGACUCGUUUGAGGACUCAACAACACAGAAUCGUGGAAGUCCACAUGUGGGCCUGAUGCUCGAUGUCCUCAGCGGCGGUGACGUCACUGCCGGUUCUGUUUGGUACUGGUCCAGGUGGUGGGCAGAGACGAAGAGAAGAUGUUUUUGAGGGAGCUGAUGGAAAACAAGACAAUCAGGAACCACUAAAGUUAUGGUUCUGGAAUUAAAAAUCCAACAAACAAACACUGCAGAGACAUAAGACAUCGGAGGACAAAAAGACAUGAAUUCGUUUUGAGAACGUUGACAUGAAGGUGGACAUACGGAGACAUUAAUUGAUUUUGAGGACACUGACAUAAAGAAGGUGGGCAUACGGAGACAUUAAUUGAUUUUGAGGACAUUGACAUGCAGAAGGUGGACAUAUGGAGACAAUUGAUUUUGAGGACACUGACAUGCAGAAGGUGGACAUAUGGAGACACUUGAUUUCGAGGACAUUGACAUGCAGAAGUUGUACAUAUGGAGACAAUUGAUUUUGAGGGCGUUGACAUGCAAACGGUGGACAUACGGAGACAUUAAUUGAUUUUGAGGACACUGACAUUAAGAAGGUGGACAUACGGAUGCAGGAUCACAGGUGAUGUUACUGGACUGUCGAGGCAAACGCCCAGGAAAUCAUGACAUCAACAGGAUGGACCCGAGUCCCUGCUGGAGCAAUCCUAAGUCUGGUUCUUCUGCUGAACCGGGUGGCGGUGGCACCCCGCCCUGACAGGCCUUUGGCUUUGGUGGAGAAUGUCAGCGCCACGGUUAACGCCACAGUAUUGGACGGUCGAAGAAAUGUUGUGCACAUGAUGAGCCGUGAUGACGGCAUCUAUGGCCAGAACUCACCCAAAAUUGACACCAAGGGGAUUGUGAUCACACCUGCACCACAUCACGGAGGAGUGGAUCGGCAGGGCUGUGACCCCAACACACGCUUCCUAGUUCCUCCACGGACAGUCCAGUGGGUGGCAUUGUUGCAGAGAGGAAAUUGUACCUUCAAAGAAAAGAUAAUGAAGGCAGCCACGUUCAACGCUACCGCCGUACUCAUCUACAAUAACUCCACCGACAAGACUGUCAAGAUGGGACACGAAGGAACUGGUGACACAGUUGCUGUGAUGAUCACAGAGGAGUAUGGUAAAGAGAUCCAGGCCCAUCUGGACAGGAACCUAACUGUCCUGGUCAACGUGGUGGUCGGACAGCGCAGCCCAAACAAGAACAUCAACCGAGGGUCGCUGGUUUUUGUAUCCAUCUCCUUCAUUGUUCUCAUGAUCAUCUCAUCUGCCUGGUUGAUUUUCUAUUUCAUCCAGAAGAUCCGCUACACAAAUGCUCGGGACCGCAGCCAGCGUCGUCUUGGUGAUGCAGCUAAAAAGGCCAUUGGGAAGCUGACUACAAGAACGGUGAAGAAAGGCGAUAAGGAAACUGAUCCGGACUUUAAUCAUUGUGCGGUGUGUAUUGAGGCCUACCAACUGAAUGAUGUGGUUCGGAUCCUGCCCUGCAAACACGUCUUCCAUAAGGUGUGCGUUGACCCGUGGCUGAAUGAGCACUGUACCUGUCCCAUGUGCAAACUGAACAUCCUCAAGGCUCUGGGCAUUGUGAACAGUCUUCCCUGUGUGGACAGUGCGGUGUUGGAUGUGGACCAUUUGGGUGUCAGGCAGCCAUCCAGCAUCCAGAGGGCGCCGCUGAGUGACAGCAGCCAAACGUCCAUCAGUCUGGAGCCUCUAAGCCCCCGCCACCCUGAGGCCACGCCCAGGGCACCACCUGACAUCAGCGUUGCUGUGACGAGCGCCGGUCACUUCUUCACCAGGAACUCCUCGUCUCCUCGCAGUGUUGUCUGUGAGAUGGAGCUUCAGAACAUCCAGGCCUCGCUCGACCUCUAUGACGACAACAAGUCCUGAGGGUCCCGCUGGCACCCCGGCGCGAAGGGGGCGGAGGCUAACAACACUUCAUUUAUCUUUAGAUACUUUGGUGAUGGUGGUGGGCUCAGGCAACAUUUCAACAUUUAAUCACUCAGAAACUAACCGAGAAACCAAAACAUCACGGUCACUGGUCCGAAGAUCCUCUGAAGCUCUGAAGAAGGUUCUUAGUCCUUAGACAAGGUACCUGAUGAGCUUCAGUGUGAGGUGCUGGUUCCUAAAAUGGGUUGAAAUUUCUGCUAUAGGAGAGGCAGCAGAGAGGUCCUCACAGCUCUGAGGAUUUGUACCCAGAAAGAACCAGUGUGACUGGCUGGAAGCAGGACCUCGGGAUCCAGAUUUGAAGAGGUUCUGCCUGCAGGUAGAGGGACUUUGGUUGUUCAGUCUCAGGUCCGAUUUGUGUGGAAGUUUGUCAGAAUCCAUCCAAGCCUUCGGUGUGGAGGAGAUGAACUCCAUGUUCCCUGACUGGAGAGUGGGCUUGUUCCAAACAGCUGACGAUGAGGUCCAAUGUCAGACACGGUCAGUGAUGCAUUCACAGUCAGCUGGGAAAAAUCUGAAUUCAUAGUUUUUGUCAUCAGUGCAGGAGGGUGGAGCCAUACCCACUGUGGGUGUGGCAUGGAUUUUUGCUGCUGUCCAAUCAUAGACGUGUGUACAGGACACAGGAAAUAAUCAUGCUUGUUAGCUACAUGCUAGUUUCUCAAAAUAACAAUAAUGUGUUUGUUUUUUAGACAUUAGAAACAUUGAGCAAGUGUUUGCUUUCUGACAGUGGACAUGUCUACAUGGCCGGAGUUUGGUGUUAAGAUUUAUUUUGUACUGACAUCACAAAGCAGUCUCAAAUCAAACACUGUGUUUUGAUUGGUUCAUUUGUUCAUCUCAGGGACGAAGAAGAUCUGAGGAACCAAUCGGAUGUCAGGAAAACUGUUAGGAAAACUCUGUCAGUGACAAAAGCCGUUAGAUGACUUCAGUGUAGAACUGAAUCAGCUGUAGUCCGGUUUAGACAGGACAAUGGAAAAGGUUCUUUAGUCUUCAAAGCCAGAUGAUGAUGAUUUCGGUGCACUCAGUGUGUCUGUCAAACGAUGAUGGAGGUUCUCAAUCAUCCAGGGUGAAGAUGUCUAGAAGUUUCCUCUGACUGACAUCUGAGUGAUGAAACUGUCAUGAAGACUAAACCAGAUGUCCAGUGGAAAAAAGUCAGUCUUCAACAAAAACAAGUUGUAACAUUUUAAAGUCAUCUCCGGAGGACUGUAGGCUGAGGACACCCUGAAGGACUGUCUGAGACCUGGAUGAUGGGGACAAGACCACC